AUGUAUGCUGAUUGUUUUAGAGAACAGAAUACUUGGGAACAAAACCUUGAGGCGUGCCCUGAUGGUGUUCCCUUGGAGCAAUGGGUUUCUUUCUUAGAGUAUCGUGCCUCUGAAAAAGCUAAGAAGUAUUCUGAGAAAAAUACUGCAAACAGACUCAAGCAAACAGUCCCUCACACUCUUGGGACAAUGACAAUUGCAAGAAAAAAACAUGAGUUGGAAACACAAACUGGAAGAUCAUACAGUAGAGUUGAGUUGUAUUCCAUUACCCAUAAGAGAAGCGAUGGAUCUUUUGUCAAUGAUGAGGCUAGAGAAAAAAAUGAACAACUUGAGAUGGCUAUUGAUAACAAUAUGUCUGAAGAAGAAGCUUUCACGACUAUAAUUGGAAAAGAACACUAUGGGCGUGUGCGAGGCAUGGGAUUUGGUGUUUGCCCCUCUCAAGUCCUCGAAGGUUUUGGGGGCUCAUCAUCCGGCAGUUCCUCAUCACAAGUUACUCAGCUGCAAUCAGAGUUAGAAGCAGAACGUGCUAGAGUUGAUGCUUUGGAAAAAGCUUUGGAAAAAGAAGUCACAAAGUUUAAGAGUAUGGAGGAACAACUUGCAUUUCUUAUGCAGCAUGUCAUUGGCCAUGGAUUUAAUCAGGUUAGCGAUGUAGGCUCCCCGAAUGAAGUAAGGCGAUCUUCAUCCGCCAGUCAUCAACUUGUAAACAAUGGACCAUCUACUUAG